AUGGACGACGAUAAUGAAGUUGUAACUUUCGAAACUGUUACGGGUUUGGUUCAACAAUUGGAGGCGUCGAACUAUCAUGAUGAUCUGCUGAAUUUUAAAUUAAAAUAUAUUGACAAGGACGAUAUAAACGUAAUAUUUCCAAAUCGAGAACAAACUGCUCUACGUUCUGAGUUCAGAGUCAAGUUAUUCGAAUGGAAGGCCUGUCAAGGUUUUAGCACGCCCAUAAAUGAUUCGCAAUCGUCCACUUUGUCCUGGCCGCAAUCAACGUCUACAUUUUCAUUCCCAGAAUCAAGCUGUUCCACAGCUCAUAGUAGCGCUAAGAUUGAAGAAGAUUUUAAAGAAUUAUACCCAGAAAAACAAUUUAUGAUUACGUCGAAAUGGGCUGAAACGUUACCAAAGCUUACGGUUUACUACGAGGAACACGUAAAAGAUAAAUACUACAGAAAACUUUUGACAUCUGUAAAAGGCCUAACCGACACAAAUUCGAAAGACUGCAUUUAUUUCAUGCUGCUUCACUCCAUUUUAAAACCAACUCAUCGGUAUAUAAUUAAAGAAGGCGAAUUAAAAGUACAUCGUAAAGCUACAAUUCAAAAUUCCGUGAGCAGCUCUAUUUUACAUAUUACCAGUGUAAAUGAUUUGCAACAUCAAAUGGAACUACGUAGAAAUAAGUCUAUAGAAUCGAAAACGCCAAUACAGCCCUUUUUAAUUGUAGUGGGCUCUGAUCUAUUGAGUUUAACUGAUUUUUAUGUGCGCUUUGGUUAUCAAAAAUUUAAAUUCAGCUCAUUUAUAAUAUCUUUGGAUAUUUGCUUUAAAAUUUAUCAAAUAUUCUCUUUAAAAUAUCCUGAUGAGUAUCAUCACGUGUGGAGUUUUCUUCAACAUUUUUUUUAUGAUAUUUCUACUCCUUAUGACGUAAAGAAGCCAUGUGUAACUAAUUUCAUUAGAAAUUUAAGCAAUUGCAUUUAAAUCAAAUAACAUAUUUUCAGAUUUGUUUUAAUUACUAAAAUGUUGUGUUUUAAAUGCUAUAAAGAUUUUGCUAUCUUGACAGCUUUAUACUCUCAUUUCAUAUCAUAUCAUGGGUUAAGUGAAGUAGAUAUCUAUAGAUGUACUCACAAUAAUUGUAAUCAAGAGUACACAAGCUUAAAAAGAUUUAAGGUACAUGUUAACAGGCAUCUGAAUUUAAAAUCUUUUAAAAAGACUAAUAAUGUUAGCAAUACAAAACAAUCAGACGUUAACUUAGGAAUAAGCGAAACACACUUGUUCAAUAUGGAAAAAUCCGAAAAUAAUUUUGAAAGACAAAUUUUCACUUGUAAUGAGCCAGAAAAAAAUUUUGAGAUCUCUAAAAAAAGUAUCGUAGAGGAUGUUGAAAACUUUUUGUAUGAAGAUGAAGUUUUUUCUAAGUUUGAAAGUCAUAUUACACAAAUUUGUCAAGAUGUUUUGAUUAAAUUUUAUGCAAAAUGAAGAGCUUAAAAAAAACCAAAUAUUUCCUAGAUUUUUGCUCAAAUCCUUUUCGCAAUAUAGACACGGAACACAAGUUUUUUAAAAAUCUUCUUUUAAGUAAAAAUUUUGCAAAACCGAUUCUUUUUAACGUAAAUAACGAAAUCACAGAAAUUCAUAAAAACAAUAGGCCAACAUUAGGGCCUUCUAAUAUUAACGGAUGCUUAAUGCCUAUUGAAUUUCAAAUUCAGAAACUUUUUGAACUACCUAAUGUUCUGGAUGAAACUCUAGAAAAUAUGGAAAGACUUAAAUGUGACUUAAAAAUAACGCAUUACAUAAACUCAGAAUCUUUCAGAGUGAAAAUGUGUGAAAACAAAAUUGUAAUUGGAUGAUGGAUUUGAAGUAAAUAAUCCACUAGGCGCUCAUGCCAACUUUGAUAAUGUAUGCGGGAUAUAUUACACUUUUCCUGUAAGUCCUCAGCAUUUGCUAUCAAAAUUGGACCAUAUAUUUGAGGCAGCCUAUUUUAAAAGUAUUCAUAAAAUACAAUUUGGUAGUGAUCCAUUUUUACAACCUCUAAUAAAUACUUUUAAAAACCUUCAAGGACUCAGCUUGAAUAUAAAUACAAGAACCGGAAGUAAAAAAGUUUAUUUUUUAUUAGCUAACAUUCUUGGCGAUAAUUUAGAACUCAACGAUAUACUUGGAUUUACCACAUCUUUUAACUCAAAUUUUUAUUGUAGUUUUGUAUUCGUUCGAAAGAGGACAUGGCGAAAGAUAGUAUAGCGCACCCUCAAUAUUCCAGGGGCGUAGAAAAUUAUGAAGAUUCGGUUUUGCAAAAUAAUGUUAAGUUAACAGGUAUUAAAUCGAACUGUUUAAUUAAUCUAUUGAAGCAUUUUCAUGUCACUGAUAAUUUUACUGUAGACAUUAUGCAUGACUGGUUUGAAGGUGUUUGUAGGUACAAUAUUUGUGAAAUUCUCUUGCAUUUUAUUUUGACUGAAAAAUUGUUUACAUUAGAAAAUUUCAAUUACCGGAAAAGUAUGUUUGACUAUGGUGAAACAGAAAUAGGAAACAAAUCGAUUCAUUUUAACCUGCAACAGCUUAAAAAUUUUUCGAUUAAAACAUCUGCGCGUGAAAUGAUGACUUUAGUGCAUUUUAUUACAUUAAUAAUUGGCGAUUUAGUGCCUCCCGAUAAUAUUGUCUGGAAAUACGUUAUUAAUAUGGUAAAAAUAGUUGAUAUAUUAGUCCAAAGUAAAUUUGACGCUAGUAUUAUAAAUAACCUAUCGAUUCUUAUACAAAAGCAUAACGAAGAGUAUAUUCGUUUGUUCAAGAAACCGCUUAAACCAAAAUUUCAUUUUCUGAUGCAUUAUCCAGAAGUAAUAAGAAAAACUGGUCCUCCAAAGCACUUUUGGAACUUCAGAUUUGAAGAAAAACACAGAGAAGCUAAAAUUUAUUCACAAAAUGUUAUGUGCAGAAGGAACAUUACAUAUUCGUUAAGUAUUAAAGCUGCAUUAAAGUUUACAACAUUCUUAGAACAAAACAAUGGUUUUCCAAAUACAUAUGAUAUACAGAAAACAGUAGUUUGUAAUAUAGAAACGUCAAAUUUUGCAUAUGCACUGUCAAGUUUAAAUGAAAAUUUUCAAAAUAUUAUUAUAGAAAAAUUAAUUUACAAUGGAUUGAUUUAUAAAAGAUUACUUUUUGACUCUUAGAACAAGUGUAUUAACUUUACACAAAAUCAAACAUAUUCUCAUAAGUCAUCGCAAUGAAAUCUAUAUUUAAGUGAGUGUUAUAAUAUAAAAUGUUUUAAUGAGCACUACCAAUGAUAUGAAGUUGGUAUUAAAGAAAACAUCUUACAAAUUAAUAAUGUAAUUAAUUUCGAAGGACCGCCUAUUCACAUAUACCAUAAUG